CCAAUCACUGAAGGAAUGAGAGAGAUGCUUACAGGCAGAUAGAAAAAGACAGAUCUACAGGGUAAGUUGAAGGAAGGAGAGGACAGAAAGAGAGAGAGAGAAUAAGAGGUGGGGUUCAUUUAAAGUGGGCGUGGCUCGAAACUGUCAAUCAGUGCUGGGCGGUUGAAGAGAGGGCGGUCCUGCACAGCGGGACAUCCAAUGGGAGACGACGCUGCUUGUGUCGCCAUGGUGACGGGGCUGUGCCCAAGGAGGUUGUGAUGGGUUGACAGGUGCGUGACAAUCGGAGGCUCUCUGCAAGCAUGUACGCCAAAGGCAAGAGCAGCAACGUGCCGUCCGACAGCCAAGCCAGAGAAAAGUUGGCUCUUUACGUGUAUGAGUACCUACUGCAUGUAGGUGCACAGAAGUCAGCACAGACUUUUCUCUCAGAGAUCCGAUGGGAGAAGAACAUCACGUUAGGAGAACCUCCAGGGUUCCUCCAUUCAUGGUGGUGUGUUUUCUGGGACCUUUACUGUGCAGCUCCAGAGAGGAGAGACACUUGUGAACACUCCAGUGAAGCCAAGGCCUUCCAUGACUAUAGCGCUGCAGCAGCUCCCAGCCCCGUUCUCGGGAACCUUCCCCCAGGAGAGAGCAUGCCAGUGGGGCCGGUUCCUCCAGGGUUCUUUCAACCCUUCAUGUCACCUCGAUACCCCGGAGGCCCCAGACCACCCCUAAGACUACCUAAUCAGGGGCUCGGAGGAGUUCCAGGCAGCCAGCCUAUGUUACCUACAGGGAUGGACCCCACAAGACAGCAAGGGCAUCCAAGCAUGGGAGGACCGAUGCAGAGGAUGACUCCACCUAGAGGCAUGGUACCUCUGGGGCCCCAGAACUAUGGAGGUGGGAUGAGACCCCCGCUGAAUGCCUUGGUUGGUCCUGGGAUGCCUGGUAUGAGCAUGGGACCUGGUGGUGGGAGACCCUGGCCAAAUCCUUCAAACUCUACCCCCUACUCGUCUGCAUCUCCAGGCAGCUAUGUGGGACCUCCAGGAGGAGGGGGUGCACCUGGAACCCCAAUAAUGCCAAGUCCAGCAGAUUCAACUAACUCUGGUGACAACAUGUACACCAUGAUAAACACAGUCCCUCCUGGUGGAAGCCGACCGAAUUUUCCUAUGGGUGGGGGUAGCGACGGUCCAUUGGGGGGAAUGGCUGGAAUGGAGCCGCAUCACAUGAAUGGAUCCUUAGGGUCAGGUGAUAUCGACAGUCUCUCCAAGAACUCUCCUGGUAACCUAAGUAUGAGUAACCAACCAGGGACACCCAGAGAGGAUGGAGAGAUGGGAGGAAACUUCCUUAAUCCAUUUCAGAAUGAAAGUCAGUAUUCUCCAAACAUGACAAUGAGCGUGUGAAGACUUGGAAAACAGGUUUUUCUCAGUCGCCCAUUAACCUGUUUUGGGGAUAUCGGGAUGAAGCAGAGACACCUAAUGACAUCAUUUAGGCCAGUGACUCCUCGUCCGCCAUAGCUGCCAGCCCUGGCGCCAUUUACCCCAAACCCUCCACGGUUUCUGCCCAUGUCUCUUCUGUUUCUUCAAAGUUGUGACUCUGCUACAUUCAUCUGUUCUUCAUCUUAUAACAAUGAGACUGCAUUAAGGAAACCAACUGAAACAAGCAAGAGGAGAAAUCUCUGUAUAUUUACAUCCGGUGUGUAUGGAGCGCUGUAUGCACAUCCAGCAGGUGGCUCUGACAGAAUACAUUCUACUCAUGACAAAAGACAACAAGCCAGAAUAUCCAGAAUUGUGUUUUAAUAAUUUAUCUGUUAAACAUAUUUUUAGCUUUUUUAUGAUUAAUCCCUUUUUUAUUACUACAUAAAUGCAAAACCAUCCCAGUCACAAGCCUCUUAGCCUUAUUUCAGUCUUUUGCAGUUAUUUAAGACAGAUUUUGAACAUCUAUGGUUAUCUACAUCCUUGAAAUCAACAGUAUUGCAUUACCUUAUUUAUUUAUGUCGUUGAGAUCGGUUUUCAGAUAUUUUUGAACUGAUCUUUCAGUUUGUCUCGCCAAAAGAGGUAAAAUCAGUGAUUAGUCAGCAAUGAUCCAAAUUUAGAUUUUAUCAUACUUUUUGAAUACAAUUUUGUAGUUACAAUCAGUGCUUAUUUAAACAAAAGACUGUCGGUUUUCCUCUAAUUUGUUUAUAUUAUUAUUUAAAAAUAUCCAGUUGACCUGUAUGUUAUGGAUUGUUAUGCUUUGGAUCAGAUGAUUUGUAAAAUUUAUUUAUGUGCAAGAGAGCAGCAACAAUAAUUGGUUACAGUUUUUUAAAAAUGUUAUAAGCCAGUAAUACUGCGCAGAGUUUGUCUAUUUCUUUCUAAUCAAGGUAAAUUAGCCCCAUUUUUUGUUUAACUGAAAACCAUUACUGUGAUGUAACUCACGAGUGAUUGGCUCAAAGUGUUGGACUUUGCACUCUGUCUAUGGCAUACCUGCAGAACGAUAUUUGAACAAGUGUCGGUAAGAAUAGAUAUUCUCUCUUUUUCAGCUAAAACAACCAGAAGUUGUAUCAUUUUUUCCUUUAGUUGUGGAUUCUUUGACCUCUCCUAUGUAUUUAAAGUAUUCCUGAGUCUACAUCUUGAAGACACAAAUGUUAAGGAUAAAUGGUAAAUGUCAAACUCAGAAAGCACUGAUUGCUACUAAAUAAUUGCCAUCCGGUUAAACUGUGAUUUUUAGUAUGAUUUUAAAAGAUGAUUGGUACAGAAAGCUAAAAGCUUGUUUUUGAUUAAUUUUUAACACCUUUUCAGUGCCCAUGAUUGUCACUAUGUACAAAGGCCAAUAUUUGUGCGAACAUGCUCCUGUCCCUUCCCAUGUUUCAACAUGUACAAGUCACAAAUGUAGCUCCUCUCUCUCGUAUGUGUAUUUGAUGUAAUUUUUAUUUGAAUAUUAAUCUGCUGAGAAUCACUGAAAUGGGAGGAAUGGACUGAUAAACCACCAUCACAGCUGAAAAGGGAUAUUUUAAUCUUAUUUUUGUUUUAGACUGAAGCCAUAAGUGGGAGUACGGGAAGAAAAGUUUGUAAAUUAGAUUACAUUUCUGUUUUGUGACGCUAUGUGGGACUUCAUUUGUGAUGUGUUCAUUUUUCUCUUUUUUAUUCUUGUAUUAUGUUUUUGUAAAUAAGCAGAGAAGUUCAUGGGUUUUGAAUUUGCUGGUAUAAAGCUUCUCUUCCCUUA